GAGCCUACGCGAGGCACCAGAAACGCUUGAGGACUGCCCUCGGUAUAUCAAAGAGACUCCGGAGGGGAUGUCUCCUGGAGUCACUUACGUUCCCCGUGCUAUAGACUGGGAAGAGGAACCACAAACCCAUUGGUCUGGUCUCCACAGCCACCUGGGGCCGUCACCGUGGUAACGGCGUCUCGCGGGCGCCGCGGUGGCUCACCACGGUUCCAUUGUUGUGGGAAAGGUGGAAGUGGUGACAGCGCCUGGCGUUGCCUUGAGAACGCCAGGACUCACAGUAGCAAAAUGGGCCUCUCCCCGACGCCCCUCCUCCUCUUCUUCCUCCUCCCCGACCACAAAGCAAAGGGCACCCCUUCCUGGUGCAUGUGGGGGCAACAGGUGUCGGAUGUCCCAUCCAGGACUUUGCGGGGUCCGCUGAAGGACCCGUGGCGGAGACGGCCCCAAGUUCGUCAGAUUCCGCCUGUGUCUUCAGGAGGCUGGUGGAACAGAGAACAAGAUUGGAGUAGGAAAUGGGAGGCUCUUAAGUGGAAACUUACUGUUUUGUCCUUUUACAAGAAACUGGACAAUGGCUUAUUUCAGGAACAUGGAUGUCAUCAAUGUCACUGCCUUGCCAGUGGUGCCCGUGGAUGAGCACCUGACCGUCUCCCUCGGGACACGGGAUGCGGUGAAAAAUGCCCUGAGGAAGAGUCUGGAGGACAACCCACCCUGCUGCCUUAUUGGCUCCAUACACCGGGUGAACCAAAGGAUUGCUGAGCUCGAUCUGAGUCCCAGCCUGUUGGCCAACAGCCUGGCAAUUGAGAGAUUCGAGUUGGAGAAGAAGGCUUUGAGAGAGAAAAGUCACGACGGCCCAGGAGACAGAGACAAGAGUCAAAGCAAAUCAGAGUAUACUUGCAGAGGCUCAGAAUCCAGGAAUGUCAGAUCUUUCAUUUUUAAAAGGAAAAUAGCCCAUAAAGAUCUGCUGGUGGAGCUCUACCAGUACACACCGUCUAACAGCCCUGCACCAAACAGGCUUCCAAACGGGGUGAACUUCUGUGACAUGGUGGGCAACGUGGUCCGGGCUGAGAGAAACCCCCUUAGUGGCAAGUCUUUCUGUUCAGAUAGAGAAUUAGAGAAGUUUCUCUCUUCUCCUUCUCCAAGAGCCAUAUGGCUGGAUAGCUUCUGGUGGAUCUUUCAUGAGAGGUACCAGCCCAACAAGGAGAUCCAGAAUAAGCUGUUUGACCGGAUAGCCCAAAACUACGCCUUUCUCUUGUUGAAUGAAUCCAAGUCCCACUAUGAAGAGGCGCUCUUAAAAAAGUUGCCAACGCUGCUGAGUAAAGCUGUGUACACCAGCUUCUGUUGCUGCUUCCCGCAAUCCUGGUUCAACACGCACGAAUUCAAAUCGAGCAUCUGUAACACGAUGAGCCUGUGGAUUUCAGGUAUCUACCCUUGCCUACAGAGCUAUAACAGCUGGGACUAUUCAGAACUGGAUCCAGAGAGAUUCCGCAGAGAAAAAUUAAUUUUGCAGAGAAGACCGUUAAAGAAAAGAGAGUUUUCUUUGUUCACUUCUAAGAGAUGUAUCUCCCAGGGGCCUCGCCAGAACAAGAAAGUUCCCCGCCCUAAGUCUCCUGGUAUAAAUUCAACCACUGAGAAAGACUCUUCGGCCAAGAAGAAUUCAGCAGAUAGAUCACAAACACAGAAUGCCCCAAAAGAGCAUCAUGGUCAGACUCUGGUCUUGAGGAAAGCUGCAAAACUAGUCAAGAGGAUAUCAGAAGCAAGAGAACUUGAGAAUAUGCUUCCCAAGCAGUCUCACCCAGCCUGCAAAAGCCCUGAGCUGAUUUCAAACUUCUUCAACCUUUAUGGGAAGAGCCCUCUGAUUGUGUACUUCCUCCAGAAUUACGGCUGUCUGCAGCAUUGUGGCAAAGACGUGUUGAUAGUCAGGAGGGAAAGAACCAAGAGCAUCCCUGAGUCUGUCCUGACGUAUGCUGAGGUCAUCAACCUGACCCUGAGCAACAUGAAGAAGCAGAGGGACAACCUCCACCAACUGAGCUGGCUCCACAGGAAUGAAUGGAAUUAUUUUGAUGAGUACCUAAAGGGACUGCAAGAAAACUUCCUCAGAGAGGUGAAGAAUAUCGACCAAAGAGCAUUAGAUAAAAAGAAGGCAAACCACAUGUUCAUCCCACCUUCAACCUUCAUCGAGGAAUUCCCUGACAAGAAAUCUGGAGGAAGUCUUGAGAGGGAGAUUGCGUUUCUUUUAAGGUUUGUUCUGACAAAGACCAUGGAAAACUGGAAAUAUGAACACUAUUGA